AUGUCGCUCCCAGCAGUUCCAGCAGACUUCAAAGAAGACUUCAAGGCCGCAUCGAAGUUCUCCGAACCUCUCGAGGCCAAAGUUGAGCCAGUUGGCCAAUAUUUCUUGGCACAUGCAACAAGAAUUCUUCAAGACCGUACUUGGAGUGAGUACGAGCAGAUUAAGGAGAAGAAAGCCCGGGAAGAGGCUUCAAAGCAGAAGAAAGAUGAUGGUGAUGAGUUCGAGGAUGUGACAGACCCAGAGUUGUUGGAGCACGACCCAAGAGACUGGAAAAAGUGUGACUUGUACGCAGUUUUGGGAUUGAACAAGUUCAGAAGCAGAGCAACACGUGAUCAGAUCGACAGAGCAUACCGGAAGCAGGUUCUCCAGUUCCACCCUGACAAGCAAGGUGAGAAGGGCGGUUUCCAGGAUGGUUUCUUCAAGAUUAUCCAGAAGGCAUACGAGGUUUUGACAGAUGCAACCAAAAGAAGACAGUUUGACUCUGUUGAUAAGGCUGCAGAGGUGCCUGCACCAUCGAAAAAGAGCAAGUACGACUUUUUCGAGGCCUGGGGACCCGUGUUUGAGGCUGAGGGUCGGUUCUCGGUGAGGCAGCCGGUGCCAAAACUUGGAAAUACCGAAUCUUCCAAGCAGGAUGUCGAAGAAUUCUACAAGUUCUGGAACAAUUUCGAUUCCUGGAGGUCGUUUGAGUUCUUGGAUGAGGAUGUUCCCGACGAUACCUCCAACAGAGACCACAAGCGGUACAUCGAGAAGAAGAAUCAUAGUGCCAGAAGAAAGAGAAAGACCGAUGACAACAAGAGAUUGGAUGCUUUGGUUAAAAGAGCACACAGUGAAGAUCCCCGGAUCAAGAAGUUCAAGCAGCUUGAAAAGGAGGAGAAGGCACGUAAGAAAUGGGAGAGAGAGGCUGGUGCUAGGCAGGCUGCUGCUGAGGCAAAGGAAAAAGCCGAAAAGGAGGCUGCCGAGAAAGCAAAGAAGGAAGCAGAGCAAAAGCAGAAAAGAGAGAAGAACAAAAAGUCCAAGGAGGCCAAGAAGAGCGCCAAAAAGAAGAGUAAAAGAACCAUCAGAGCCGCUGUUAAGGACACAAAGUACUUUGGUGAUGAGGCCAAUGCUUCCGUCAUCGAUUCUGAUGUCGAAACUCUUCUUUCCUCUCUUGAAUUCGAACCCCUGGUGGAGCUUGGCGAUAAUGUCAAGGCUGCAGGUGAUGAUGCUGAAAAGAUCAAGAGUCUUCUGCUUGCUGCUGCCAAGGCCACCGGAAAGUCUUACGACUACUUCAAAUAG